AUGCUUUGGGAAAAAGAAAGCCUUUGUGUGGAAGAUUAUAUAUAAACCAGGUUGUUGACAGAUGAAGAGUUCAUCAAGUGCGGGACAAAAGGGUAGUGAGCUGUAGGUUAGACUAAGGUUCAAGGACCUUGAAUGCAGGGUCGUGGAGCGGUGACCGUAAAUGCACCUGAGCUUAGGUUAGAGCGCCUGGAGCACAGCGAUGGGCACAAAGUUAGAAAACAAAGUUGGGCCUGAUUGUGGAGCGCUUCCUAACGAGAAAAGGAGCUGCAAGCUCCACAGUCAACAGUUCUAGGAACUGCAGCGACCAGACACAUGCCCACGAAAACAGGCCUCUGGGUUUGUGCGUCGGUGGUGACUUGUAUCCUUACUGAGAAUAUUUUCUAUGGCCUAAUGAGGGCAGAAAUGAGUAGAUGUGAGUUUAUGUAGAUGAGUUUAUAGGGAGUAUUCUUGGUCUUGAAAGAGAAAAGAGAUAAAGGUGGUUUCUGGUUUUAUUUCUGAAGCAAAUGGAAGAUCGAAGAUGAGGAAGAGCACAGUCACCUGAAGAAGGGGAAGCGUGACCACCCUAAAUCCGGCAUGAUGGGGAGCGUUUUAUUGAUGCUAAACAAGUGCUGCAAGUCAAUCAAUACAGUAAUUUAAGUCCUUUCAACUAUAAUGGAAAAGUAUGAAAAAUUAGCUAAGAUUGGAGAAGGGUCCUACGGUGUUGUAUUCAAAUGCAGAAACAAAACCUCUGGAAAAGUGGUAGCUAUUAAAAAAUUUGUGGAAUCUGAAGAUGAUCCAGUUGUUAAAAAAAUCGCACUAAGAGAAAUACGUAUGUUGAAGCAAUUAAAACACCCAAACCUUGUGAACCUCAUUGAGGUGUUCAGGAGAAAAAGGAAAAUGCAUUUAGUUUUUGAAUACUGUGAUCACACACUUUUAAACGAGCUGGAAAGAAACCCCAAAGGAGUUGCUGAUGGAGUGAUCAAAAGUGUAUUAUGGCAAACACUUCAAGCUCUUAAUUUCUGUCAUAAACAUAACUGUAUUCACAGAGACGUAAAACCUGAAAAUAUUCUAAUAACUAAGCAAGGAAUAAUCAAGAUCUGUGACUUUGGGUUUGCACGAAUUCUGAUUCCAGGAGACGCCUACACCGAUUACGUCGCUACACGAUGGUACCGAGCUCCUGAACUUCUCGUGGGAGAUACUCAGUACGGUUCUUCGGUAGACGUGUGGGCCACUGGGUGUGUUUUUGCAGAGCUUCUGACAGGCCAGCCACUCUGGCCUGGAAAAUCAGAUGUGGACCAGCUUUAUCUGAUCAUCAGAACACUGGGAAAACUAAUCCCAAGACAUCAAUCUAUCUUCAAAAGUAACCAGUUUUUCCACGGCAUCAGUAUUCCUGAGCCAGAAGACAUGGAAACUCUUGAAGAAAAGUUCUCAGAUGCUCAUCCCAUGUCUUUAAAUUUCAUGAAGGAGUGUCUGAAGAUGAAUCCUGAUGACAGAUUAACCUGUGCCCAACUACUGGAGAGCCCCUACUUUGAUUCUUUUCACGAGGACCAAAUUAAAAGAAAAGCAUGUACUGAAGGACGAAACAGAAGACGCCAGCAGAAUCAACUGUUGCCUCUCCUACCAGGAAGCCACAUCUCCCCCACACCUGACGGAAGAAAACAAGUCCUCCAGUUAAAAUUUGAUCAUCUUCCAAACAUUUAGGAAAAUGUUCUUUCAAGUGGAAAGUAAUUUAAUAUGUACACAUUUUUGUACAAGAGAGAUAGGAAUUCUCAGUGUUUCAAAUGCAAAUGAGCCAUAUGAAAAUUAAGAUGCCUUCUAGAAUUGUUUUGCUCUGAUCAUUACUGAUACUUCUGCCCAUGCUUUUUACAUGCCAACUUUAUCUUUUAGAGCAUUUUCUUUAAAUGUUAUAGAGUCUGAAAGAGCACAUAUGGAGGAGACAUUUUCAAUUUCAUCAGAGCAGCCCCUCCCAAGGCGAUUAUAGAGAAUUUGUAGGCUUGUAUGUUGAUUUUUGAAAAAGAUUUACAUAUGUCAUUUUGGUUUACCUAACCACAUAAUGUCUUAGAGCAUUAUCAAAUAGCUUGCCUAGCUGUUGUUUGUGUAAGGAAUGACAUUGUGUUUCUGCAUUUUAUUCACACUUAUUGUAACCAGGUCUGUUGAAUAAUGCUGGAUUUUAUAUUGGUGUAGGAAGGGAACCUUGAAAUGUCACGUAGGUUUAUCCCUCGAUUCCAGGGCAGACUCUACUCUCUCUGUCUCAUGAGACAUUGAUGAUUCUAAUUUUAAAGCAAGCCAGAGAAAACUCCAUACAUUUACAUAGCAAAUAAGGAACUACAAGGAAUUACCAUCCUCAUGACAUAAUGCCCUGCGAUAACUGCUGACUCUAAUGCUGUCCUUCGGAACAUCACGGUUUCUUAUUCUUUUUCCUGACUCAGUCAUUUCAGUGCCUAGAUGUAUCCUGUUGGGUGUGUGUCCUCAAUAUUUAGUUCACGGUCGAUACUCUUGCAAACAUUUGACCCUAUAGCCUCUGUGAACUUGUGUAUCAUGAUCAGAUCAGGUUUGUAAAUGCUUCCAACAGAAAGAUGAUCUUUCAGUUAACUUCUUUGGGUCUCCUACCAAAAAAAAAAAAGAAGCAAACAAACGAAACACAAUAGGUAAGCCCAGUUUACACUGGGAUAUUUUCCCAAGUAAACUUGACAGAUACACCGACAUACAUACGUACACACAUAUGCACGCAUACACAUAUAUGCUUAUAAGUUCUGAAACAUCAUGGUAGAUGCCUCUUAUCCUAGACAUGUAAGAAUGAUGCAGUCUGUUUAAUGGGCUUUUCGUUUGCUAACAAGGAACUCAUGUAAAAUAAUAGCAUGGGGUUGUCUAUCACUGUCUGGCAUAAAGGCACAAAAUAGUGAUGUUUCAAUAAAUAUUAAGAUUAUUUCAUUAACUCUUGUCUGCUCCUGGGUCUGGCAUGUUUACCUGAGCGUUGUCAAAUUUUGCAAAUACACAUAAUUCCAGAAAUGCCGUGUAUCUGGCACCGAUACACCUAGCAUAAAUUGCCUUUAGGAAAACACACGAACAUCUUAUGUUCACCUCUAAAAGUUUACUGCACUUAUAAACACGGCUAUGGAAACUUCUGGAGAAUCUUGUUCACUUAUUUGGAAGCAUCUCUUCACUUAGGAAUUACGGCAUCUCAGCAAUAAUUUCUUGCUCACUGGAAGGACAUUCCGAGUGGGUUUAUUUGGCCAUUUAACAUGCUUAGUGUGAAUAUAAGCUUCUGUGAUCUUCUUAUUGUCAUCUUAUCAUCAAGAGUAUGCCUCUUCAGAUUUGUAUGUUUCUUGCAUUUUUAAUUAAACGAUGCCACAGGAACAAGGAGAAUGAGAAAUAAAAGAUAAAAGGCAACUUUCCUGAAAGAUUUCUUUUAAACUUUCAUAGUGUUUUUAUCAUGUAAGUCUCCUUACUGCCAAGCUACUCAUACUACCCCAGCUCUCCGAAAUAUCUACAUUAUAUUACACACACACGAGCACACACACACACAGAAAUUCAGAAUACAGCACACAACUCCAGUUCCCAUGUUGCUUAUAAUCAUGCUUCAAACAACGAUGGACUUUUUGGCAAGGGUUGAUAGGGUGACUGUCUUUUCUUAUUUUUGCUUACCUUUAAGAAUUAAUGCAAACUGGCGUUUUUCUCUCUCAAUUUUUUUUCCCCAUAGACAAAUCCAUCAUAUAGAGAUCACUGGGGAGGGGUGGUGAGGGGAGAGGAGAAGCAUCUAAUGCUUAGGAAAAUGCUCUGUUGCAGUCUUUUUACCAUGAAGAAAAAUAAUCCUCUGAGUAGCGUUGCACACUGGCCCUUUCCCUGGGCGACCCGCCUCUGAAUCACGCAGACCUCAACCGGCUCCUCUUUUCUGUUUCGAGUGCCUGGUUCUCACUUCGGUGCUGCACAGACUCCCGUGCGUUUCCUCAGCCACGUGGAAGACAGCUGCGCCUCCGCAUCUAGCGCCCGAAUGAAGGAAUGACCUCUGUGAAACUCACCAGGCUCUUCCCAGAAGGCCACACAGCUCUGGAAGCACGCGUUUCCUUCACACCCUUGUCAGGUUUCUGGCUCACCUGCGGCCUGUCUCACCCGUGCCAGCUUUCAAGCUUUUUCAUUUAUGUGUAGAGCUCUUUCCUGUGCCGUCCAAAUAUUGCGCCACCCUGGCGAGCGGCACCGCUGCAGUGCUCCCCCUCUCGCCACCCCGGGCACGAUCUCUUUGCACCCUGAGUUCCUCAGACUUUCCGCAUUGUGCCUGACACUCUCCAAGCAGCCAAGCAGUUUGUUUUGUUUGCGUUUUGUUUUGUUUACAGAGCACUCUACAGAGAACUGAAAAUGCGGGCUUUCGUUCUCUGUGCUCCUGCUGCUUCUUCGGGAAGAAGGAAAUACAGCAGAGAAAGGAGACCCUGCUCAGCGCGGAAGGCUGCUUGCUUGGACUCUGCCUUUGGGCUCCCUUUCAGUCCUGGUGGUAUUUGAAUGCACUUGUUCCAACCUGCCCCCAACCACAAAGCCCUCUUGGCGGGGGGGUCACUGUUUGAAGAUUAUUUUAACUAGACUGAAUCAUCACAAAGUUGUGUUCAAGAGGCUUUUGCAUGCUUUGGAUUAGGGAGAUAAUUGAGUAAGGGGUGCAAACAAAGCUCUUGGGCAGGACAGGAAGAGAUGAGCAGAGAGUAGACUAGCCCCCUUCUAAGUGAGCCAUAUCACUGCUCUUCAGUGCUCAUGCAGAUCCCCCAAGCUACAAGACCUAAGAAAAUUAAUAAGUUAUUUUGAAAAAAUCUCGACUCUGAAGAUUUUUUUAUGGUUCUUUAGCUUACUUGUCAUAGAA